AUGGCAGCUGCAUCUCGUCGUCGCGCUGGCGGCGCUGUCGCAGUUGCAGCCUUGCUUGGUGUCUAUCUUGGCUCGAGUAAUUCGAGGCUGGCUCUCGUGGAGUUGAAAGCUAUGGACCGGAAGCUGGAGCUUCAUCGCUUCAUGGGGUCUUGGUACGUACUCGCCCACAUCCCGGUGAAGCUCGUAAACGAACACCUGGCUCACAACGCGGUCGAGACAUAUAGCUGGGACGAGAAAAAGCAACGCAUUGGCGUUCACUACAGGUUCAAUGAGAAGGCCUUGGAUGGCCGCAUCAACGACAGUUAUCAGCGUGGCUGGGUCUGGAACAAGGACACCAACGCGGAGUGGAGGGUGUCGCCAAAGCUACCGCUGUUGGGCUACUUCUUCAGCUACUGCGGGCUAAAGCUCCCCUACAUCAUUGUGGAUUGUGCAAGUGACUACAGCAGCGCGAUAGUUGGUUAUCCAAGUCGCACCUACCUGUGGAUCCUAAGCAGAAAGCCAGCAGUCUCCGAUGCGGAAUACCAGAAGCUGAUCGAGAAAUCCAAAGAGCUGGGAUAUGAUGAAGCCAAAAUUCGAAAGGUACCACAGAUCCCAGAUGCACAAAUCUUUGAAGUGCCGUCUAGCUGA